AUGCGCAAAAUCACGGUGGCUCGCCGCAGAUUCCUGGACAGCGAUGCCGACAAAACCUCGAUCCCUGCCGAGUUCUUUGACUUUCUUCACACGAUCGACCAUUUCAUCUUCAAGAUCGAAUCCACUUUUCAGACUAAUGUCAGCAAGCAGUUGAAGAAGAAGCGCUCCCGCGACGAAUCCGAUGAUGAGCCUGAAGAGAUCCAGAACACCACGAAGAAGGCUCGGAUCGCAGACGCUUACGAAGAGAUUGAGAAGAUGACCCAGGAGGAGCAGAUUCGCUACUGGAAAGAGAAGGCGCUGGGUCUGAAGGGCAAGCUUGAGGCACAGGAUGAGGUGGUCAAGGGACUACACAAGCUCCUUCACGAGAUGAAUGACCGCAAGAAUCGGAGCAGCUUGGAGUUCAACUAUUGUGUUACCCGCCUCUGGGAUGAUGCUCUUCCUAAGAUCAACGAGAAGCAAAGACAACAGAGUCAGACGGAGUGGGCUUCAUCUCAGCUCCAGGAGUAUUUGCGAGCCACCGGAUCGAGCCGCAUUGCUGAUGCUAUGCUUGGUAUCGCCGACUUUACCGAUGACCACAUUGAGGAAGUGCGACAAAGCCCCCUGAGCCCUGUUGAGUCAGAGAACGAGGAAGAGGAGAAAGAUGAAGUUCCCGCUGUCUCUGCCGACACCACCAAGUCCGAGCCCGAGGCCCCCAGCGAGACAGGUUUGAUGGAUCUCUCCUCCUUGAGCUGGCGCCUCCCCAUGCCGAACCUUUCUGCGCAUCCCAACAUCAAGAGCCUGCCUGGACUCGACUUCAACGUCACCUUCGGCGCUCCUUUCCUCCCAAAGCGAUACUCCGGAAUCUUGGGAAACGUCCUGCUUCCCUAUGGCGAGAAAGUGCGGUCCCAUGACCAUAAUGGAAUGAUGAAUGUCGCGAAUCGGAUCGAGACAAUCAUGGAUGUUGCCGUCAAAAUCUUCCAGGAGAAUCAUGAGAUGUAUACGAUGCAAGAAAUCUCCGAGAAGACGUUUGCCAAGCUCCGAGAGCGAUGGCAGCAAGACAUCACAUGGAACUUCCUUUCCUCCUCUCAGAAGACUAGCACCAUCGUCCAGAAGCUCGUCGCUGCACGCAAGCUUCAUCUCGAGAACAAUGACGGCAUCACCACGGCCCGCGAGGAGUUCUUCCCGUUUCUAAAGGCGAUGGAUGACUUCCUCGAGAAGGUGUACCACGUUCGAGAGUCUAGAGAACAGGUUGCCAAGGCACAGCAAGACUCGGAGGCCCGCAGCCGGAAGCGCUCCCUCCUAGAAGAGGGGUCAGAUGUUAUGAUGACGUCGUACAAAAGGGCGCGCUUGGACAAGGAGGAUAAUGAGUCUGGCAAGUCGAAGGCACUUGAAGAGAAGGUGGAUGUUCUGAAGACCCAGAACGAGGAAUUGGAGAUGAAGGUCAAGGAGUUGGAGAAGAAGUUGCACGAGUCCACCAUGAAAUGA